GCUGAUUGGCUGUGGCAACCCCUGAUGGGAUGUGCCAAAAGGUGAGGACCUUCCAUCAUGAGAAAAAUGUCACAGGAACAUGUUUAGAAACACGGAAAACAGGAUUUUCAUUGGAGUGGGCCUAAACUCGGAUCAUUUCAUUUUCAAAACCAUUUUUUUACUCCUUUAGGUAGCAACUAUUUUACUUCCCUACCUUUCCUGCAACUUUAUUCCUUUUUGUAAUCCUUGUUCUAUCCUGUACUUUAAAAAUGGGGUCAUCUGGGUAGCACACUGAACUUUUUUCUUUUUUUAUCUAUACUGGUGUCUGUGCAGACAUGAAAUCCUGUCCACUUUUGUCAUGGGAAGGAUCACACAUCAAUAGGAGAGAAAAAGGAGAUGGUUAAAUAUGGUUUUAACUGUCUCUUCUGUUUAAAUCCAGUCGUCUUUUAUUGUCUAAAGUCAUUUCUAUUCAUUUUUACUCUUCUGUCUCUCCCUUCAAAUACUUUUUUAGCUCCUUUUCCAGUUCUUUCCUCCUGUUUUACCCUUUCCUGUCUCAGCUCCACUUUUCUUUUCCCAAAUGUUCCCUUCCAUCUCAAACCUGUUUGUACCUUUUUUUUCUCUUUAUCCUCCAUCUCUUUAUAUUCACGUGCUCUCCUCAUUUCUCCUUCUUUUCUUCCCUUCUUCCGCUCUGUCUCACUUUUUCCUCUCCCUCCACCUCCCAGACUAACCUCUGCCUGUCUCUCUGCGCCUGCCUCCUCCACCCUCCCCACCUCCUCGUCCUCCUCCUCCAUCCCUCCAGUCUCAUUCGUUGCUUGCGCACCGUGCCGUGCGGACCUAUACCGACCAUCUCUCCACUCCUCCACCGACUCUCCUCCUCUCUCUUCCUCCCUCUUUUUUCUCUCUGCUCCGGUCCUCCACUCUCUGCUAUGACAGCUCACACCAGCGGCGUGUUGCCCGAUCUCAGACCGUCAACCCGUCACCGGUUGUCCUGUCCAAACAUCACCAUGGACAAGUGUGUGGCCAAUUCUCGUGAUUGAUCUCCUUUUUUCGUUUUUGGGGGCAUAAAAAACGACAGAAAAGGGAGGAGGGGGGGCUGCCGUCUUCUUUGAACCCCCCUCCGCUUCCUUCAACCAAGCAGAGCGGCAAGGUGGGGAGAGGGCUUCAGGAGAAGCCAGCUUGGAUUAAUCUGAGAGCAUGAUGCCGGAUUUGGGAGCACCGGAGAUGCUGCUGCUGAUGAUCAGGAGGACGAGGGCGAAGAAAACGGGAGGACCGAGAUGCGACCUCCCCCUUCUCCUCCUGCUGGGGCUCCUCAUCGGGGAUUUCUCCCCGUCCAAGGCUGAAUCCUGUGGGGGUGUAGUCCAAGGCCUCAACGGCACCAUAGAAUCUCCUGGUUUUCCCCAUGGCUAUCCCAACUAUGCCAACUGUACAUGGCUGAUAAUAACAGGGGAGAGGAAUCGAAUCCAGCUAACCUUCAUUACUUUGGCAUUGGAGGAAGAUUUCGAUAUAGUAUCAGUUUAUGAUGGACAGCCGUCGCCUGGCAACUUAAAAAUGAGGUUGUCAGGAUUCAUGCUGCCCUCCCCUUUAGUCAGUAGUGGAUCCAUAUUGGCCUUGUGGUUUACCACAGAUUUUGCUGUGAGUGCACAAGGCUUCAAAGCUGUGUAUGAAGUCCUGCCUAGUCAUACAUGUGGUACCCCCGGAGUCAUUCCAAAUGGAAUCAUUCAUGGCUCACGGUACAACAUCGGUGACAAGAUCCGAUACAGCUGUGAGUCCGGUUUUGUACUGGAGGGACACAGUAUCCUCACGUGUAUCGUGUCGUCUGGCAGUGGAGCGCAGUGGGACUUCCCAUCGCCGUUUUGUCGAGCGGAGGGAGCAUGUGGCGGGACGUUGCGAGGCACAGCGGGCUCAAUAUCCAGCCCUGGAUACCCCACAGAGUACGACAACAACCUGGACUGCACAUGGUCAAUCCUGGCUGAACCCGGGGACACCAUCGCCCUUGUUUUCAAUGAUUUCUUGUUAGAGGACAAAUAUGACUUCCUAGAAAUCAGCGGGACAGACGCACCAAGCAUAUGGCUGACGGGUACAACUCUGCCCUCACCAGUGAUUUCAAAUAAGAACUGGCUUCGGAUACACUUCACCUCAGACAGCAAUCACAGAAGAAAAGGAUUCAGCGCUCAGUAUCAAGUGAAAAAAGCAAUAGAGUUGAAGUCCAGAGGGGUAAAGAUGAUGCCCAGUAAAGACUCCAGUCACAAAAACGCCGUCUUAAGUCAAAGUGGCCUUGCUGGGGAUGUUUGUCCAGAUCCUGGAGUUCCAGAGAACGGGAAGAGAAUGGGCUCAUCUUUCCAAGUGGGCUCCAGCGUCCAGUUCAGUUGUGAUGACAGCUAUGUACUGCAUGGAUCUAAAAGCAUCACCUGUCAACGUGUCACUGACACACUGGCAGCCUGGAGUGACCACAGACCCAUCUGCAGAACUCGGACCUGUGGCAGUAACCUAAGGGGGCCCAAAGGAGUCAUAACGUCGCCGAACUACCCUGUUCAGUACGAAAACAAUGCACACUGUGUCUGGGUCAUCACGGCAAUGGACUCUGAGAAGGUUAUAAAACUGUCAUUUGAGGAGUUUGAUCUGGAGAGAGGAUACGACACACUGACUGUUGGAGAUGGGGGGAAGAUAGGAGAUACUCGAAGGGUUCUUUACGUACUCACUGGCUCCACUGUUCCUGAUCUCAUCGUGAGCUUGUCCAAUCAGAUGUGGCUCCACCUUCAAUCUGACGACACGAUUGGUUCUGCAGGCUUCAAAGCAAACUAUGAAGAGAUCGAACGGGGAGGCUGUGGUGACCCUGGGGUGCCAGCGUUUGGUCGUCGUAGUGGCGAUCACUUUCAACACGGCGACGUGUUGACGUUUUUUUGCCAGGCAGCCUUUGAACUUGUCGGUGAAAAAACCAUCACAUGCCAGCACAAUAACCAAUGGUCUGGCAAUAAACCCAGCUGUGUCUUUUCCUGUUUCUUCAACUUCACUGCUCCAUCAGGAACAAUUUUAUCUCCUAACUACCCAGAGGAGUAUGGCAAUAACUUGAAUUGCGUGUGGUUGAUCAUUUCUGAACCUGGGAGCCGCAUACAUCUCCUCUUCUCCGACUUUGAUCUGGAGCCACAGUUUGACUGGUUGGUGGUCAAAGAUGAAGGUUUGUCUGAAGCAACCACAUUUGGGACAUUCUCGGGAAAAGAUGUUCCUGCUCAGAUCGCCUCCAAUGGACACAUCAUGAGACUGGAAUUUCAGUCUGAUCAUUCCAACACUGGGAAAGGAUUUAACAUCAGCUAUACCACAUUUGGUCAGAAUGAAUGUCACGAUCCAGGCGUUCCCAUCAAUGGCCAAAGGUAUGGCGACCUGUUUCAGCUUGGCAGCUCAGUGGCUUUUCGCUGUGAUCAAGGAUUCAUAAGAACACAGGGGUCAGAUCAAGUCACUUGCAUCAUUCAAGAUGGAAAUGUUGUUUGGUCUGCUGCUGUACCUCGUUGCGAAGCUCCCUGUGGAGGCCAUCUCACAGCCCCCAGUGGUGUUGUGCUGUCUCCUGGUUGGCCCUCUUUUUAUAAAGACUCUCUGAGCUGCCAGUGGGUGAUUGAAGCACAAAAAGACCAAGCUGUGAAGAUACACUUUGACAAGUUCCAGACAGAAGUCAACUAUGACACACUGGAGAUCAGGGACGGGCCCUCAGCCUCGUCUCCCCUGAUCGGUGAAUACCAUGGCACCCAAGCACCUCAUUUCCUGAUCUCCACAUCCAACUUCCUGUUCCUGUUGUUCACUACAGACAACAGCCGCUCUGCUGUAGGCUUCAGCAUCAGAUAUGAAAGUGUGAAAAUGGAAUCAGACUCUUGUCUCGAUCCUGGCAUCCCAGUCAAUGGUCGUCGGCAUGGCAACAACUUUGCUAUUGGCUCCAGUGUCUCAUUUGCAUGUGACCCUGGAUACACACUAAGCGAUGAAGAGCCAAUUGUCUGUGAGCAGAAUCAUCAGUGGAGUCACGCUCUUCCCAGUUGUGACGCUCUUUGUGGAGGCUAUGUUUUUGGUAAAACUGGGACAAUUCUCUCUCCUGGCUUUCCUGACUUCUAUCCUAACUCUUUGAAUUGCACCUGGACGAUAGAAGUUUCUCAUGGCAAAGGAGUCCAUCUGGUGUUCCAUACAUUUCAUCUGGAGGAGAACCAUGACUACCUGUCUAUAACGGAGGAUGGCAAUUUUGUGGUUCCGGUUGGUCGACUUACUGGAUCCGUGCUGCCCCCGAGUGUGAAAGCUGGACUUUUUGGGAACUACAGCGUUCAGCUCCGAUUUAUAUCCGAUUUUUCAAUGAGCUAUGAAGGCUUUAAUAUUACUUUCUCAGAGUAUGAUUUGGAGCCGUGUGAGGAUCCAGGUGUGCCGGCAUUCAGCAGGAGGAUGGGGUUUAGCUUUGGAGUUGGAGAUUCGCUGGCCUUCUCUUGUUUCCACGGAUACAGACUUGAGGGAGACAGCAAAAUCACUUGUCUUGGAGGUGGCAGGCGAGUCUGGAGCAACACACUGCCGAGAUGUAUAGCUGAGUGUGGAACUACUGCACAAGGAUCAGAAGGCAUUCUCCUCUCUCCAAAUUUCCCCUCCAACUACGAUAAUAACCAUGAGUGCAUCUACAGCAUCACGACCGAAAAGGGCAAAGGAAUCCGCCUGAAAGCUGACAAUUUCUUACUGCAAGAUGGAGACUAUCUGAAGGUAUAUGAUGGAGAGAAUACCUCAUCUCGUCUCCUUGGCAACUUCACACGUGAUGGCAUGUUUGGUUACGUCAUCAACAGCACAUCCAAUCACCUGUGGCUGGAGUUUAACAGCAAUGCCUCUGGAACCAAUCAGGGCUUUCGCCUCACCUACACAAGUUUUGACCUGGUUCACUGCGAGGAGCCCGGGGUCCCUAAUUACGGCUACAAGAUCCAGGAUGACGGUCAUUAUGCCAACACUUUUGUGUUGUAUUCGUGCAACCCAGGAUACAGUCUCCAUGGCAGCAGUACACUGACCUGUCUUAGUGGGGACAGACGUGUCUGGGACAAGCCACUUCCUUCCUGUUUCGCCGAGUGUGGAGGUCACAUCAGUGGAGCCACGUCUGGACGGAUUCUGUCCCCGGGAUACCCUGCUCCAUAUGACAACAACCUGCACUGUACCUGGACUAUAGAAGCUGACAUUGGGAAGACUAUCAGNCUCCACUUUAUCGUCUUUGACACUGAGAUUGGCCAUGAUAUUCUGAAAGUUUGGGAUGGUCCAUCCGGGCUCUCAGACGGAGGGAUUCUGUUGAAAGAAUGGUCCGGUCCAUUUCUGCCAGAAGACAUCCACUCAACGUUCAACAUCCUCACCCUGCAAUUUGACUCUGAUUACUUCAUCAGCAAGCAAGGAUUUUCUAUUCAGUUUUCAACUACUACAGCAACAACCUGUAAUGACCCUGGCAUCCCUGUAAAUGGCUCUCGGUACGGGGACAGUAAGGAGCCUGGUGACAGUAUGACCUUCCAGUGUGACCCCGGCUAUCAGCUACAAGGACAAGGAACCAUUAGAUGCGUGCGGAUGGAUAACAGGUUCUACUGGCAACCUGACCCUCCAACAUGCAUGGCAACCUGCGGAGGCAACGUCAGUGGUCCUUCUGGUGUGAUUCUGUCUCCUAACUACCCUCAGCCUUACCCCCCAGGGAAAGAGUGUGACUGGAGAAUCAGAGUCAACCCUGACUUUGUCAUCGCCCUGAUUUUCAAAAGUUUUAACAUGGAACCAAGUUAUGACUUCCUGCACAUCUAUGAGGGUGAGGACUCCAACGGGCCUCUUCUAGCAAGUCUCCAAGGCAACCAGGCCCCCGAGCGCAUAGAAAGCAGCGGGAACAUCCUCUUUCUAGCGUUCAGAUCCGACGCCUCACUUGGAAUGUCUGGAUUUGCUAUUGAAUAUAGAGAAAAGCCAAGAGAAGCCUGUUUUGACCCAGGAAAUAUUAUGAAUGGUAGUCGAACAGGUUACGACUACAAACUAGGGUCUCGGGUCUCCUACACUUGUCACCAUGGUUACACCAUCGUGGGUGACGAUACAACCACUUGUAUCAUGGGGCCUGAUGGAAAGCCUGUUUGGGACAGAUCCCUGCCAUCGUGUAAAGCUCCCUGCGGAGGGCAUUACGGUGGAUCUGAGGGAGUGGUUUUAUCACCAAACUUUCCUUUCAACUAUACUACCAAACAGAUUUGCUCCUAUUAUAUCACCGUAUCACCACAGUUUGUGGUUUUCGGUCAGUUUGCUGUUUUCCAGACAGCAAUGAAUGACUCUGUGGAGCUGUUUGAUGGAGCCAAUGACAAUGCUCGAUUGCUCAGCUCCCUGGCUGGGUCACAUUCAGGAGAGACAUUGCCACUGGCAACUUCCAAUCAAAUCAUGCUGCGGUUCAAUGCCAAGAGUGGCCAGUCAGCUAGAGGCUUUCAUUUUGUGUACCAAGCUGUACCUCGGACCAGUGACAGUCAGUGCAGUUCUGUGCCAGAGCCAAGGUAUGGCAGACGGAUUGGCUCGGAGUUCUCAGCGGGCUCCAUUGUCCGUUUUGAGUGUAGUCCAGGAUAUCUGUUAAAGGGGUCCAGUGCCAUUCGAUGCCAGGCUGUACCUGGUGCCCUCGCACAAUGGAAUGCAACAGCACCAACAUGCAUAGUUCCUUGCAGUGGAAAUCUGACUGAGCGCCGUGGUACCAUACUAUCUCCUGGUUACCCUGAACCAUACCCAAACAGUCUUAACUGUCUGUGGAGGAUCCAUGUCAGUGAGGGCGCUGGAAUACAGAUUCAAGUAAUGACGUUUGCUACGGAGCACAACUGGGACUCCCUGGAGAUCUAUGAUGGAGGAGACAUGACAGCUCCAAAAUUAGGGUCAUUCUCUGGAACAACAGCUCCGGCACUUCUAAACUCAACAUCCAAUCAGCUCCUCCUGCACUUCCAGAGCGACAUCAGCGUGGUGGCAGCAGGCUUUCACCUUGAGUACAAGACUGUCGGCCUCACCACCUGUCCAGAACCAAUGAUUCCAGCCAAUGGGAUUAAAAUAGGAGACCGAUACAUGGUCAAUGAGGUGGUGGCUUUCAGCUGUGAACCUGGAUAUACUCUACAGGGACACUCUCACAUCUCCUGCAUGCCUGGGACUGUCCGCCGUUGGAACUACCCACCGCCCCUCUGCAUAGCUCGCUGUGGAGGAGUCCUAUCUGAAAUGAGUGGUGUUAUCCUUAGUCCGGGUUUCCCUGGCAACUACCCCGGCAAUCUGGACUGCACCUGGCAAAUUAGCCUGCCCACUGGAUAUGGUGCCCACAUUCAGUUCCUUAACUUUUCUUCAGAGGAUAACCAUGACUUUCUUGAAGUCAGGGCUGGGCCACAGCACAGCUCUGCUCUUAUUGGCCAGUUUACUGGCUCACAACUUCCACCUUCUUUGAUGAGCACCACCCACCUGACAACCAUCCACUUCUAUAGUGACCACUCCGAAAACAGGCCAGGCUUCAAACUGACUUAUCAAGCAUAUCAACUUCAAAACUGCCAGGAUCCCUCUCCCUUUCUCAAUGGAGACAUAGUCAACAGUGACUAUAGUGCUGGCCAAUCAAUAACUUUCCAGUGUUACCCUGGUUAUGUUUUGAUCGGGCACACUGUGCUAACAUGCCUGCAUGGAAAAAACCGCAAGUGGAAUCAUCCAUUUCCCCGGUGUGAAGCUCCUUGCGGCUAUAAUGUGACAGCUGAAAAUGGGACCAUCUAUUCACCUCAGUACCCCAAUGAAUACCCCAACUCCCAAGACUGCAUCUGGCUCAUCAGCGUUUCCCACGGACAUGGGGUUUACAUCAACUUUACUUUGUUACAGACGGAGCCCGUGACAGAUUACAUCGCAGUCUGGGAUGGCCCCGAUACGUCGAGUCCUCAGCUGGGAGUUUUCAGUGGCAACACAGCAUUGGAGUCAGCCUACAGCACAAGUCCUCAGGUCCUGAUCCGCUUUCACUCGGACUUUUCUACUGGAGGGUUCUUCAUUCUCAACUUCCAUGCUUACCGUUUGAAGAAAUGCCCUCCACCACCUGUUGUGGACAACACUGAAAUUAUCUAUGAAAAUGAAGACUUCCACAUAGGUGACAUUGUGAAGUAUCGCUGUUUACCUGGAUACACGCUGAUCGGAAAAUCCGAGCUUAUGUGCAAACUCAAUUCCUAUUUGCUCUUUGAAGCUCCACCCCCGAAGUGUCAAGCCCAAUGCCCAGCCAAUGAGGAGCGAUUUUCUUCAUCAGGAGUCAUUCUCAGCCCUGGAUUCCCAGGAAACUAUCCCAACAGUCAGACAUGCUCAUGGUUGCUGCGCAUGCUUCCAGGUUACACCAUCAAUAUUUAUGUGGAGAUGUUCCACAGUGAGAAACAGUUUGAUGAACUGGAGAUUUUUGAUGGAUCGUCUGGUCAAAACCCUUUGCUAGUGGCUCUAAGUGGUAACCACUCCUCCCAGCUGAACUUCACCUCUAAAACAAACCAGCUCUAUCUACGCUGGUCUACCGACCACGCCACCAAUAAGAAGGGAUUCAAGAUCCGCUACUCAGCUGCCUACUGUAGCAUCAACGAUUCCCCAUUGAAUGGGGGUGUGGUCAACCGCACCAAACUUACUCCAGGUAGCAGAAUACAAUACUUCUGCAACCGUGGUUACUACCUGGUGGGCUUAAGCAAUGCCACCUGCAGGCUUGAUUCCAAUGGACUUUACAAGUGGGAUUCACCACCACCCUUCUGUCAAGCCAUCUCAUGCGGGAUUCCUCUGUCACCGGGCAACGGCAGUUUCCAUGCCACCCAAUACACCGUUGGUAGCCAAGUCACCUACCACUGCAGCCAGGGUUACCACCUUGAUCCUGCUGUACUGAUGACAGCUGUGUGCUUAGAGGACGGGAGCUGGAGUAACUCGCUUUCCCCUCCCAGAUGCCUGCCGGUGCACUGUCCCAGCAUCGAAACUGCUUUGUCCGAUCACAUGACCUUCCGCCUGCUCCGUGGCAGACUCGGGGAGUUUGGUUCUAUGGUGAUGCUGGAAUGCUCAUCAGGUUAUUAUUUGGGUGGCGGGCAUCGGACUCUACACUGUCUCGCCAAUGGGACGUGGGAGGGGUUGGAUGACCCUGCUACUUGUAAGAUCAUUUCCUGUGGAGAACUGCCCUCCCCACCCUACGGAACCAAACUAGGGACACUGACCACGUUUGGAGCAACUGCAAUCUUUAUGUGUAACCAUGGUUACACGCUGGUGGGAUCACACGUCAGAGAAUGUGGAGCUGAUGGGCUGUGGAGCGGUGCAGAAACCAGAUGUCUAGCUGGGCAUUGUGAUUCAGCAGAUCCCACAGUCAAUGGCCACAUUAGUGGCGACGGCUCCAGCUACCGGGACACCGUGGUUUAUCAAUGCGUGCUGGGCUAUAGACUUAUUGGCACAUCAGUGAGAAUUUGCCAGCAAGACCACCGCUGGUCUGGAACAACACCUGUCUGUGUCCCUAUCACUUGUGGUCAUCCGGGUAACCCCCCCAACGGGCGGACCAAUGGCACGGAAUUCAACCUCAAUGAUGUAGUCAACUUCACCUGCAACAAAGGUUACAUCCUCAGUGGAAGUCCUCGGGCCCAGUGCCGACUCAACGGACAGUGGAGCAGUCCCCUCCCUGUCUGCAAAGUGGUGAACUGUUCCGACCCCGGUCAUGUGGAAAACGGGGUGCGCCAGUCAGGACUACUUUAUCCAGAGGUCUUCAGCUAUGGCGUAACUGUUUCAAUCCACUGCAAACGAGGUUUCUACCUUCUGGGUUCUGCGAUCCUCACAUGUCAACACGAUGGACUUUGGGACAGACCUAUCCCUCGCUGCUUAGCCAUUUCCUGCGGGGACCCCGGCGUGCCGCCGAAUGCAGUCGUGUUAGGAACCCGCAGUUGGACUUACGGCUCGGUCCUGCAAUACUCCUGUCUGCCCGGUGGACUGCUGGUGGGCAAUUCCACUCGUCACUGUCAGGAAGACGGCUCGUGGAGUGGAGUGCCACCCUAUUGCACUGGUGCCAGUGUCGGAAUAUGUGGAGACCCUGGGAUUCCUCCCCAUGGUACCCGUCUGGGAGGAGAAGAAUUCAAGACCAAAAGUCUUCUGCGUUUUAGCUGUGAGGCAGGAUACAGUUUGAUCGGCUCAGCAGAGAGAACCUGCCUCCACAAUAGCACCUGGAGUGGCACGCAGCCUGUGUGUCAAGCUGUAUCCUGCGGUAACCCUGGAACCCCAGCGCAUGGGAGAAUUGUCCUCAGUGAUGGCAUCACAUUUGGCAACUCGGUGGCUUACGCGUGCUGGGAGGGCUUCAAAACAUCCGGCCUUACCACGAGACACUGCACAACAAAUGGGACAUGGACGGGUCAGCCCCCAGACUGCACUGUCAUCAGUUGUGGAGACCCUGGACCCAUAGCCAACGGAAUCUACCUGGGAAAGGACUUUACCUUUAACCACACUGUGGUUUACCACUGCAACCCGGGUCACCUGAUGGAACCGUCUGGACCUGGAAGCAAUGUUAUACGCUGCAGCACAGAAGGAACUUGGAACCAAACAAAACCAAGUUGUAAAGUGAUCCAGUGUGGACCUCCACCUCAAGUGCUUUAUGGAAAAGUGGAAGGGAGUGAUGUUUCGUGGGGAUCCAGCGUCAGCUACAGCUGUUUUCAUGGUUAUCAGUUGUCCAUUUCUGCUGUUUUAACCUGUGAGGGGAACGGAACGUGGACGGGAGAAGUUCCCCAAUGUUUGCCUGUCCUGUGUGGAGAUCCUGGAUCUCCUGGAGGAGGAUUCAGAGAGGGAGACAUCUUUUCAUACCGGUCAGAGGUGAGGUUUUAUUGUCAUGCGCCCCACGUGCUGGUCGGCUCUGCCUCCAGGCUGUGUCAAGCAGAUGGGAUCUGGAGUGGAGAGCAACCAGCGUGCAUUGACCCAGCCUUCAACAGCUGUCGUGAUCCAGGAACUCCAGCCUAUGGCAUUCCAGUCAUGGCCCAGGGCUUUCAGGUUGGCAGCAAGAUUUCCUUUAAGUGCCGCAAGAGUUACCACAUACUUGGUUCAACAACAAGAACGUGCCUAGAAAACCUGACCUGGAGUGGAACUCAACCGGAGUGCGUGGCCCAUGCAUGCAGACAACCUGAGACCCCUAGUAAUGUAGACGUACGAUCCAUGGAUCUGCCUACUUUGGGGUAUACUUUGUUAUACACCUGUCAAGAGGGGUUUUAUCUGGCUGGGGGGUCAGAGCACAGGACCUGCAAAAGUGAUGGAAGAUGGUCAGGGAAGCCACCACUCUGUAAAGUUGGUGUGAAAAAAAAUCCCAUAGGAGGAGGAGAGUCUGAUGUCCAGAAGAACAAGAUCCGAGUUCCAGUGGACGUCUUCUCACCAAACUCUGAGUGGAGUGGCUUCUAUGAGUAUUUAGGGAAGAGACAAGCCACAACCUUUUCAGUUUCUGGGUUUAAUGCCACCAGCGGCAGGGUUAAUGUCACAUUGCUGGAAAGCAGCGGAGUUUCAAUCAGAUUAUCAGGUUACUGCAGAGUCAGACCAGAAGACUUUUGUUUACCAGGGACACAUUCACAGUAAUGACUUUGGGAAGUUCCGUCUGACAAGACAAGGCCCCGUAACCAUGGCAAUGGACCCAUCUAACCCGUAUACAAACAGCAGCUCUGUGGCGGCAGCCAUCCUAGUUCCUUUCUUUGCCCUCAUCCUCUCUGGAUUUGCAUUCUACCUCUACAAACACAGGACACGUCCAAAGGUCCAGUUUAACGGAUAUGUCGGCCAUGAGAGCUCCAAUGGCCAGGCGUCCUUUGAAAAUCCAAUGUAUGACACCAACAUGAAGCCCACGGAAGCUAAGGCAGUUCGAUUCGAUACCACACUGAACACAGUGUGUACUGUAGUGUAGUCCAGCGAAGCUACCACUGCCUUUAAAGUGGUUCGACCCAACCUCCAUGUUGUAGUCUGCAUUGUGGUGUUACCACGCAAAAAAGGAAAAGCAAACUCAAUAUUUUGACUUGUCACCAUGAGCAGCCUUUGUGUAGCAUGCUGGUCCCCACACAGCAUUAUUUGCACAGUAAUGCAGCUCUGCUCCGCCUUCCUCGUCUGAGAUGGGAAAAUCGAGAAUAUAACUUGAAACCUGUUAGCAAUGAUGUCGUCAAGUCAUCGUUUGGGGGAAGAAUUGCUCAGAAACACCCAGAUAAAUCAUGUUACGGAACUUCCUCCCAGAGCACACCCAUCCAGUUUUUGCUGAAGUCUGACACAACCGACCCUACUUAUGCAUGACAGCCGAUCCGUAUGGUCAGAGUCAUAUGGCCCUUUAAUAUGAAAAAGUAGCUUAACAGAAGUCCAACUCUUUGUUCCAAAUUUGCACAGUGGUAUAUUAACCCCCAUGGGUUUGACGGAUGGGGUCUUAAACCCGUGAGGGAAGCACAAAUAUUCCACCCUUCAGCCUCUUCCGGAUUUGGAUGGUUCUUGAACGUAAACCACCAUUCCUGCUGGACCAAAUAUUCUCCCACUGAACUUUCAUCUUCUGAGCUUAAUACGACUAGUUUCUAAAUGAUACACAUCACAUUGUCUGUUUUGACGUACUGCGAUGCUGGAUACACAGACGGCUGCCGUGUUGACGGCUCAAUGCACUUAAGAUUAGACUCCAUAAAGCAGAAAUACUAAUGGUGAAUUGGCACUAACGAUGCUGAACUAAUGCCAAACAAGACAGGCUGAAAUAGGGUUGUAGAUAACUUUGUAAUGUUUUAGCCUUCUCAGACAGCUUAAUGACUCUUAAUCUAGCAGGACAAUCACAGAAGGAAGAAAGUUUAGUUGUUAGUUAAUAAUUGGUUUUUAAGCAGACUGUUGUCUUUGACUUUCUCCACAAUUUUCCUGUUAUGACAAACCUCCAUUAAAUUCAAGUUAGACAGGCUAAAAUGGCAAAUCAAGCUUUUGCAAACGGUGUUUUCCAAUGUUCUCCACCACAUGUGGACUAGCUCUUAGAGGGUUCGAACACAUACUAGUAAUAUAUAUCACGCCUAAAUAGAGUUGGCUGGCUGUUCUGAAACACAAAACCAAACAUCGGCCCAGAGUUGCCCUUUGGUGCAUGCUGUGUACUGGUUUCCAGAGACUUGUCAAACACAAUCAAAGAUUCUUGCUCCUGGACUGGCCACAGUUCUGUGUUUUGUGGCUGAACAAGUGGAAGCCUGGAGGCAAUAAGCUGUCAGGAUCUUCGAAUGCUGCAAUCAGCUGUGGGCAAAUCCAGGGAGUUAUUUGUCCUCUCGUAUCUCUGAUCCAGACCAUCAGUCAAGAGAUUCUUCUUCUUCUUCUUUUUUUUUUUUUUUUUUUUUUUUUUUUUUUUUUAGCAGUAUACUUUUAUACCAGAAAACCUGGAAAUAAAUGAACUGAUCAGCAGACAGACGUGCUGACAGAAACUGGACAAAUGGACACAGACAAAAGAAGCUUCUGUCAGUGGAAAAGGAGACAAGGACAUGUUACUGUGGAAACAUAGACAAACAUCUUUGUCUAAUUGUCUCUUGUGGCAUUUUUCUUCAGUGAAGAUAUUAAUGAACAGACUCGUAUGUUCAAAAACCCAGUGGCCCCUUGGGUUUUCCCAGACCAAUGCUACUGGGGACCCAAAAACAUAAACUUCAUAUGAACCGCACAAAUUUUGCACUGUUUUCAUUUUGUUUGUUUGUUUGUUUUGUUUUUUUCAACUGGAAUUAUAGAGGAAAAAAGCAGGUUUUUUGAGAUGGAUUUUGAAAAACGACUCCUAUAAAAAAGAGUUUUAUUAAAGAGUAUUAUCUAUAAAUUGAUGACAAAACGUCUAAAUACAGGGUUACAAAGUGUUUGUAUAUACACAUUUGUAUUUGUUGUCCCUGCUUGCAGGUUUUACAACACUGUAGUGUUUAUUUUUCUUGUCUUGGCCACUAAGCUAGCCAACGAAAAUGUUGGGUACUGUUUACCUUUGGACCACCAAUUGAAACAGUCAGAAUACCACAUCAAAAUUCGCCGACGUUAGCUGUUUCUGAACACUUGUACCAUUUGCCUACUUACUCAUUCUCGUUUUAUAAACCAGCAGUUCUCUGUCUACUUUGAACUGAAAACUGACUCACUUUUUUUCAGCCGCAAACUGGUAAGAGGGAACGAAAGCGUAUUGGUUUUCAGAAACAGCUAUUUUUGUAAACCUGCUCUGAAACAGCAUUAUCUUGUGUUUCUGCUCAAACCGCAGUGCGUCCUUUUAAAGCAUUACACCUCCGAUGCACUUGAUUUCAUUUGAACACCUCUUUUUAAAGAGCACAGCAUUAGUAGUUCCUCAAGACAAAGGUCAAACAGACACAGCAUAAAGACAACAUGCACAAUUAGAGUUGUCAAACAAUUGUCGUCCCCGGAGGCCCGAUAUAAUUUGAGAAUUACCUCGUGUUGAGAGAUUAAGUCUAAUCCUGCUUAUCAGAGCUGGAAGGUCACUGCAACAACCACACAAGCUUUGCAAUUGCAACGUUGUCUUUUAUUUCCUAGAAUUUUCUGUCUGCCACUCUAAUCCUUCUCAGUCUACAGGAUCGGAGAAAGUUUAUCGGUUUCAAAUCACUUCCAAAGCUCGUUAAGUCUUGCAGUGUCCUGUCAUUUUUUUUAAAUGUUUUUUUUUUUUUUUUUUCUGAAAGAUGCUGCACUUGGUUUAGAUCACAAAUGUAACUGCUUUUUGUGUGUCUUUUUUGUGUCAUCAAGCCUGAUUCAUGCGUCACUCCCAACAUUUUACCAUGAAGUCGACAUGUCAACAGUUUGCUUUGACCUGCACGGUUUAUUUUUGUCCAGUGCCGAAUUGUUUUCCACAUUUUCACUUAACCACAACCCAUGACUCAGUAACAAAAAGGUUUAUUCAUGGAAGCAGAAUGAGAUGCUGAAAAGAGAUUUACAAGAAUCCUCUAAUGAAAGCUUCAAUGGGCCAAAGCCAGUAUUGUGCCUGAGACAAGUCUUUUAUUUAAAACAGAAACAGGCUUCAGUGAAAUAAGAUUUACCCCCAAACUCAAAUGGUAAUAAAAUGUGGAGAAUUUUGCACCCCCCUGUAAUACAUUUAUUUUUUGUAAUAAUAAAAAUAAUGUAGUUUUUCCUCAAAUAUUCAGCUCAUUAAAUAAUAAAAGUCAAACAUGAAUCCUGCAAAAACUAUUGGAAAAAAUGGUGAUUAUAAUGAGACAUUUUUAGCCUUUGAUUCUAUUGUCAUGGUAGCAGAUAGUGCUGUACAGAAAACAAAAAAAAACAUCCAAAGACUUUAAGUAACACUUGCAAUAUGUCAGCGAGGCAGAUAAAGCCCGUUCAGAAACUUUACACAGAAAUAAACGAGGCGUGCGUAAACAAAAAUAGAACAUCUGCUCACAGUCAUGAGCCCCCUCUCAGUUUUAUUGCAGGAGUGCACUCUGUGCCUCUGUUUUUAAUUGAUUUAAUUAAUUGAGCUGAGAUUUCAUAUGGAGUCAAGAGCUCAUAAUAGCGGCUCAAAAUUAGAGGCGGCAAGCUUUCCUCAGACGUAAUAAAAGGUAUCAUUUUUAUCAAUUAUAGACAAAGAUUUGGUCUCCUGGUGUGCCUGCCAGGCUCUGUUUUUUAUUUGUGUUAGAGAAGAAACUGCAGUGUAAAAUGCAGUUUUUAUACCUGAAAUUCAACCAAACCUCCAGUGAUUCAUGCUGCAGAUAGCUUCAUUUUUUUCAAGUUUUUUUCAUGAAUGAAGUGGGUACUUCAUAUUCAAAUUGAAAACACAGAUUUUCCAUUAAAAAAAUUCUAAACACCUGUUUUUUUGCACAAGUGAAGCUACAUAAUUUCGAGGAAAAAAUUGGUAAACAAAGUCACAGUUUUUGCUUUUUAGUAGUUUAGACUAAAGAAAACCUGAAUGAAAAUACAGUAAGUUGUUCUGCAACUAUGCACAAGAAUCUGGAGUUGAAGUAGUUGAUAACUAAAAAGAACAUAUAGAAACUUAACCAACAUAUCAUGCAAAUUGCAUCAUUCUAUGAUUCAUAAAACACAACAGGAAAUAAAGAAAUAGGUUACAGAGAUAAGACCAAGAGACUGUGUUAAUGGGGUUUAUAUUUCCUUUUUACUUUAGCAUAACAACACUACAGGAGGCUGCAGCUUACAUACUGUCCUCUGGGUAUGUGUUGCAUCAUCUAAGAAAUUCAGUGAAGAUGCAUCCAGACAUACCAAUUGCAUCGCGCUGCAUUUGAGUGUAGGAAACAUCGCCCAAAUGCAAAGCUUCAGAUGCAGCUGAAAAUCUAACUUUUUAUUUCAUUUGUUGUCUCUUUGAACUAAAAAAGAAUUUUGAGGAUUUAGUCACUUUUUAAAAGUAUGUGCAGACGUGAUAAGCCUAAGUAAUCAACAGUCUUUUUUUUUUAUCCCCCUACUGUAAUAACUGAGGCUGUCUUUGUAAAGGCACAUGUGAGAUUACUGUGACAUUGAAAAAGAAAAAGAUUUAAAGUAGCAGGCUUUUAGUCAUCUAAAGAUUUGUGCAAUUUAAUACAAAAAACACUUUUUUUUAAUUAGGGCACACAGUCCCUUAUUUAAAAUAAUUUUGAAAAGAUUGCAGACGAGAUACAGAGAAGAAAACGAUAGUGAUAAAAGAAAAAAAUACAUUUUUCCCAUUUUCUCAACAGUUAGGACAAAUCCUUGUGCCAGAAAAAGUCUCUAAAGAAAAUCUUCAACUUGAUGGUUUCCAUUUGCAAAUUUAAGAGUCUCCAGAAACAAGGCCACUGGUUCUUAGGCUUCACUGAGAUGCACUGCUUCUCAAUAACAUAUUUUAUCAACAUUGCAGUAUAUGACUACAGUUUCAGCAUAUUUCUGAAACAUUUUCCUUUUGGUUGUCACCACUGACAGAAAGAAAGAUGGCAGGUCUUUAACAGAAAAAAAUCAUAAAUCAUCUUUCAUUUUUUAUUUAUUUUAUUUUAUUUUGUUUGUUUUGGGCUUCAAACUGCCUCCAUCUUCAUUACCAUCCUCCCUCAUCAUCAUCAUCAUCAUCAUCAUCACAUGCUGCUGAACUUGAAGUAGGUAAAAGAGAAAAAAUACAAAAUUUUGUACAGAAAUCUAUUUUUUAUGGAGAUUUGUUUAAAAAAAUGAAGAAAAAACUGAAAUUAUUAAACAUGCUGUACUUUUUAUUAACAAUGAUGUAGGUACAAAAAAAGUGUUAGUAAAAAGUCACUGUUUUUACUCCUACACACCGUGUAAAGUGAAAGGUUCAAACAGAGUAUGAAAUAAAGUGUCAUGUAAUCUAUUUUGUCCCAUUGGGGCUGCUGUUACACAAGAAUGGAAAACAGCAAAUAUUUCUUUAUUUUACUUCAUAAUGAGAUUAACAAAUUCCAUUUAAAUAGUUGGCAUGAAGUUUCUUUAGAAAAUGAAAGCUUUUACUGUCAUCGGAAAGGAUGCGUUUUCAUUAAAUGACACCAAAUUUGCACAGCAGUUGAGUUGCCUAAGAAUUAGAGAUUCUUCACAUUGAAAUAUAUUCACAAAAAAUUUGACUUACUUGUGCUUUUAGUCCGUAAAGGGGAAAAGAAAGACGAGAUGUUUAGUGUCACAAUGUCAUGCAGACUAAAGGGGUUAAAACAAUGCUGUCGUUCUUGUGUAAGAGCAGCCUCUGUGUGGCUGAUCCUUGUGUUUAUAUCUGAGAGAUGGGUGACUUUCCCCAGCACAAAAGAUUUUGGAGAACUUAAAUACUCUGCAUCCCAAAAAAAAUGUGGCCUCCUGCCUGAACAAGAAGGAGGAGGCUGCUACAUAAUCAGUUUAUCUUAGAACAUUCAAAAAUGGUACUUUUGGGCUUUAGCAGCAUUAGCAAAAUUGGCAACAGUUAUUAAAGAUCCCUUUUUUGUUCUUUUUUUCAUUUUAUUUAUUUAUUUUUUGGGGGCCAGCAAACCUACCCUGGUAUUUUGUAAGUUUUGUGAGAAUGGCAAAUCCCUUUUUAAAUGCUCCUAAAAGAUUAUAUGAGAGAGAUAAUGGUAUAUUAUAGAUGGUUUAAACAAUAUGUGAAUGCAGCUUCGCCAACCGCUGUUAAAGAGACUCACAGUUUAUCAGAUAUUUUGAAGACAUUAUUUGAGAAUAAAGUUUUUGAUACAAUA